AUGAAGGAUGGGAGAUUGAAGAUUUCCCUUUUCAAAUUAGGCUGUUAUGGAGAAGAUCUGAACAUUCGGGCAGAGAAGGGGAACUUGCAAACAAUGAGCGCUUCCAGAUUCAUAAAGUGUGUCACUGUGGGUGAUGGUGCAGUUGGCAAGACAUGUCUCUUGAUUUCUUAUACCAGUAAUACCUUUCCCACGGACUAUGUGCCUACUGUGUUCGAUAAUUUCAGUGCGAAUGUGGUGGUCAAUGGUGCCACUGUUAAUCUUGGCCUGUGGGAUACUGCUGGGCAGGAGGACUAUAAUAGAUUAAGACCUUUGAGCUAUCGCGGGGCUGAUGUUUUCAUUUUGGCAUUUUCUCUCAUCAGCAAGGCAAGCUAUGAAAAUGUUUCCAAAAAGUGGAUCCCUGAAUUGAAGCAUUAUGCCCCUGGCGUUCCUAUAGUUCUUGUUGGCACAAAACUUGAUCUUCGGGAUGACAAACAGUUUUCCGUCGACCAUCCAGGUGCUGUACCAAUCACUACAGCUCAGGGGGAGGAGCUGAGAAAAUUGAUUGGCUCUCCUGCUUACAUUGAAUGUAGUUCGAAAUCACAGGAGAAUGUGAAAGGAGUUUUUGAUGCUGCCAUUAAAGUUGUGCUCCAGCCACCCAAGCAGAAAAAAAAGAAAGGAAUGGCUCAAAAGGCCUGCUCCAUAUUAUGA